CUGACAACCGUGGGAGGGAGGCCCUCCUCCUGGCUGGGCUCCCCAGGGCCUUGGUGGCCACCCCUGCUUCCUGAUGUGACUGGUGCCCCGGCUGCUGCUCCAAGCCAUGGCUGACACCAUCUUCGGCAGUGGCAGUGACCAGUGGGUUUGUCCCAAUGACCGGCAACUAGCCCUGCGAGCCAAGCUGCACACAGGCUGGUCCGUGCAUACCUACCAGACAGAGAAACAGAGGAGGAGCCAGUGCCUCAGCUCAGCAGAGGUAGAGGCCAUUCUGCAAGUCAUCCAGAGGGCUGAGCGGCUUGACAUCAUGGAACAGCAGAGAAUCGGGCGGCUGGUGGAGCGGCUGGAGACCAUGAGGCAAAAUGUGAUGGGGAACGGCCUCUCCCAAUGUCUGCUGUGUGGGGAGGUGCUGGGCUUCCUGGGGAGCUCCUCAGUAUUUUGCAAAGACUGCAGGAAGAAAGUCUGCACCAAAUGUGGGAUCGAGAUCACCCCUGGCCAGAAGCGGCCCCUGUGGCUAUGUAAGAUCUGCAGUGAGCAGAGAGAGGUCUGGAAAAGGUCGGGGGCCUGGUUCUACAAAGGGCUCCCCAAGUAUAUCUUGCCCCUGAAGACACCUGGACGAGCAGAUGACCCCCACUUCCGACCUUUGCCUGUGGAGCCUCCAGAGCCCAAGCCCCGAAGCCCUGAGGUCAGCCGCAUCUACACAUGGGCUCGAGGGAGAGUGGUUUCCAGUGACAGUGAUAGUGACUCAGAUCUCAGCUCCUCCAGCCUGGAUGACAGACUUCCGUCCGCUGGGGUCAGGGACAUGAAAGGUGAUAAACCUGGAGGAGAAUCAGGUGGCAGUGUGGGGGCCCCCUGGAUGGAGCUCACCGGGCUGCCCAGCCACCUCUCUGGGAGCCAAAGCAGUUUGGCCAGCGAGGCUGGGGCAGGUCCUGCAGACCCACAGGGAGGCACCCUGCCCCAGCCUGAGCCCAAGGGUUCUGGCAAGAGAUACACCUGGGCGAGUCCUCGCUGUUGAUGUGGCCUCAGUCCGUCCCCUCAGCCUGACCUGGACUCUGAUGUUUGUUUCAUGAAGCUAAUUCUCCAGUGGAAAUUCUAAGAGAGAGAGAGAGAGAGCACAUGAGCACUGGAGCCAGGCUGCCAGGCUCCUUUCUGAAGGGGGUCUGAGCCCAUCAACCUGUGUCCAUGACCUCUAAUUUUAAACCAGUGUUUGGGGGCUGAACCUUCUAGUCCCACCCAGUGCCUUUCUGCACCCUCCUGGCAAGGGCCUCUUCAUCCAACAC